AUGAAACAGAGUAUUUGGCUGGCACUUCUUUCUUAUAUUCCUGUAGCCAAGGCGUUCUCUUUGCCCGGAUUAUCUCCCACCACAUAUCACUCAAACGAUGAAAUUCCACUAUUGGUUAAUCGCUUGACUCCAUCCAUUUACUUUCAGCAUCAAGACGAAAACGGUAAUGAUAUCUCUAGCGAUAAAGAACAUUUCCUUUACUCCUAUGACUACUAUAAUGAAAGGUUUCAUUUUUGCAGACCGGAGCAUGUUGAGAAGCAGCCGGAGUCGUUGGGUUCAGUCAUAUUUGGCGACAGAAUUUACAAUUCUCCGUUCCAGUUGAGGAUGCUGGAGGAGAAGGAAUGUGUUGCUCUUUGUAAAGGUACAAUUCCAGGCAGAGAUGCCGAGUUCAUUAAUAGACUAAUUAUAAGUGGUUUUUUCCAAAAUUGGCUUGUGGAUGGAUUGCCAGCAGCAAGGAGCGUUUACGAUAGCAGAACAAAAACGAACUAUUACGGUACAGGAUUUGAGUUAGGUUUCACAGACGUUAUACAAACCGUCGGCGAUGAGACGGUCCCCAAUACAAUGGAAGAAGCUGAUAUGGACGCCUCAAACGCCGGUGCCACGUUACAUAUCCGGAGUCCUAAGAACAUAAGGCCCAACCCCGUCAAAACGGUAGAAUUACCUUACUUCGUCAAUCAUUUUGAGAUCGUGGUGGAAUUCCAUGAGCGUGGUAAUGACAGUUACCGUAUUGUUGGUGUUACUGUGAAUCCUGUAUCCAUCGAAAGAUCGUCACCUGGAUCCUGCUCUAGAACGAGGAAGCCUUUGACUCUUCACGAGGAUAGAGAUAACGAAGUCUACUUUACCUAUUCCGUUAAAUUUGUUGCUUCUGCUACAGUUUGGGCUACGAGAUGGGACAAGUAUCUGCAUAUUUAUGACCCGCAAAUCCAAUGGUUUUCCUUGAUAGGCUUUUCUGUUAUCGUUAUUUUACUCUCAUCUGCUGUCAUCCAUUCUCUACUGCGGGCAUUAAAAAGUGAUCUUACUCGCUAUAAUGAACUCAACUUGAAUAACGAAUUCCAUGAGGAUGCUGGUUGGAAGUUAAGUCAUGGUGACGUAUUUAGAACCCCGCCUAAAUCAAUGCUGCUAUCUGUGCUUGUGGGUUCGGGUAUUCAAUUAUUCCUGAUGAUUAUAUGUAGCAUUUUCUUUGCUGCCUUUGGCCUUGUAUCGCCUAUUUCAAGAGGUUCUUUGCAAACUGUAAUGUUUCUUCUUUACGCACUAUUUGGAUUUGUAGGAUCCUAUACCUCAAUGGGUGUCUACAAGUUUUUUCAUGGACCCUAUUGGAAGGCUAAUCUGAUAAUAACACCAAUUUUGCUCCCUGGUGCAAUCCUUCUACUAAUUGUAGCAAUGAAUAUUUUCCUAUUAUUUGCUCAUUCUUCUGGUGUAAUUCCAGCAAAGUCGUUAUUCUUUAUAAUAUUUCUGUGGUUUGUAGUUUCCAUUCCGUUGUCUUUUGUGGGUUCAGUUCUUGCUCACAAGAGGUGUAGCUGGAAUGAACAUCCAACUAAAACAAAUCAGAUCGCAAGACAAAUUCCACAUCAGCCUUGGUACUUGAGGACAACGCAGGCAACCAUGGUUGCGGGGAUCUUUUCUUUCGGCUCUAUUGCUGUUGAGUUAUAUUUCAUUUACUCCAGCCUAUGGUUCAACAAGAUUUUCUAUAUGUUUGGAUUUUUGCUUUUCUCAUUCUUACUGCUAACUCUAACAACCUCGUUGAUAACAGUUCUAAUCACGUAUCAUUCUUUAUGUUUGGAAAAUUGGUUAUGGCAAUGGAGAAGUUUCAUCAUCGGCGGUUUAGGAUGUUCAAUAUAUAUGUUUAUCCAUUCGAUACUAUUCACCAAGUUUAAGCUGGGGGGGUUCAUUACAGUCGUGCUAUAUCUUGGAUAUUCAUUCAUUAUGUCUGUCCUAUGUUGUGUAGUCACUGGAGCAAUCGGGUUUUUCAGCAGUAUGAUCUUUAUUAGAAAGAUCUACUAUGCUGUUAAAGUCGAGUAA